AUGUUGCCUCCUCGCCGCGCCUCGUCCUGCCUCGUCCCCGCACUCGCGCUCGUCGCGCUCCUCUGCUUCGCGCGCAUCGAUCACGCCGCGUGCAAUGCGCGCUCGUUCGGCCUUCCGCGUUUCGGGGGAAGGCUCGGCGGCUUGGUGGGAGGGUCGGGGACAAGCGGCAUCUGGUCCUACUUCCGCCCCCCCGGGACCGGCGGCGCUGGGGGAAGUGGCGCGACGAGCGGCGGGCAGAGCGGGCAGGGCGGGUUUGGCUCGCAAGGAGGUGGCGGAAUGAGCGGACAACCGAGUAGCACGGGCGGAGGAGACAUGGGCGGAGGAGGCUUGGGGGGGGGAGGCAUGGGCGGAGGAGGCAUGGGCGGACGAGGCAUGGGCGGAGCAGGCAUGGGCGGAGGAGGCAUGGGCGGAGGACCAGGCAUGGGCGGACCAGGCAUGGGCGGAGGACCAGGCAUGGGCGGAGGAGACAUGGGCGGGGGAGGCAUGGGCGGAGGAGGCAUGGUUGGGGGAGGCAUGGGCGGAGGAGGCAUGGGCGGAGGAGGCAUGGGCGGAGGAGGCAUGGGCGGAGGGGGCAUGGGCGGGGUAGGCAUGGGCGGAGGGGGCAUGGGCGAAGGAGGCAUAAGCGGAGGGGGCAUGGGUGGAGGAGGCAUGGGUGGAGGAGGCAUGGGCGGAGGAGGCAUGGGCGGAGGAGGCAUGGGCGGGAUAGGCAUGGGCGGAGGGGGCAUGGGCGGAGGAGGCAUGGGCGGAGGGGGCAUGGGCGGAGGGGGCAUGGGCGGGGGAGGCAUGGGCGGAGGGGGCAUGGGCGGAGGGGGCAUGGGCGGAGGAGGCAUGGGCGGAGGGGGCAUGGGCGGAGGAGGCAUGGGCGGGGGAGGCAUGGGCGGAGGAGGCAUGGGCGGGAUAGGCAUGGGCGGAGGGGGCAUGGGCGGAGGAGGCAUGGGCGGAGGGGGCAUGGGCGGAGGGGGCAUGGGCGGGGGAGGCAUGGGCGGAGGGGGCAUGGGCGGAGGGGGCAUGGGCGGAGGGGGCAUGGGCGGAGGAGGCAUGGGCGGGGGAGGCAUGGGCGGCGGGUCAUCGGGUGGGAGUGCAUGUGGCAACAGCAGCAGCAGCAGGAGCGCCAAGCUCACGAGCAGCAAUGGCAAGAGGGUGAUGGCAAGCAACGGGUGUCCGGGAUACGAGUGGCGAGUUGGGGGCACGGUGAACACGCCAGUGCAGCAGACUCUCUCCUUGGCUGUGCCGCUCGCCCCCACACUCGCCACCUCCGCCAUCCCUGUCUCCGUGGGCGGCUGCAAGAUGGGGCCCAUCGGCUUUGCCCUCAACGGCGUGCCCUUCUACAGUGCAUGCGACGCGCUGGGGCGGGACUCGUUGAAGUACGAGGGGCCGAGCUUUGACACGUGUGGGGGGCACCCGUCUCCCUUCGGCCAGUACCACUACCACGUCGCGCCUGGCGUCGCCAACCCCUCUGCCAUCUCUGCCUCUCGCACCACCGACUUCCAGCUCUGCUCCGCCUCCUUCUGGCAGGACACCCCCGGCGAGCACUCCCCGCUGCUGGGCUUCCUGGCGGACGGCAUUCCGCUCUACGGCCCGCGCGGAGCAGGGGGGGAGCUGCCCUCGGGAGUGGACGAGUGCGGGGGGCACGUGGGGGACGGCAGUGCAGGCGAGCCUUUGUUCUACCACUACCACGCCAGCAGCACCGCGCCCUACACCGUCGCCUGCCUCAAGGGCUGCGUCGCCUCCUCUGACUGGGCCAACCUCGGCUCUGCUUCCUGCACCACGGGCAGCAAGCAAUACGACUACUCAUCCCUGGCAGCAGUGCAAGCAGCAUAG